ACGAACGAGCGAGAGAGAGGCGGAGAAGCCAGGAGACGCCACGGACAAACCGGUAAAGGGAUUGCGGGUCUCAAACCCACGACAAACACGGAGAGUUGAGGCUCAUUUCGAGGAGAGAGGGAGCUGUGAUUGAAAUAAAGGAAGGGGAGGGGGCGGCUAACUUUGACAGACCUGCACUGGCCUCCAGAAGCGGACACGAGCCUGGGUUUCAUUUUUGAGUGACGCCGACAAAAACAGGGAUCUGAGGGAGCCCCUGCGUUCUCGCCGCACCGGAUCGUCACCCCUCCUUCGCUGCCACUUGACCUGCCACCAUGACGUCGGAGCUGGAGAGCAGCUUGACCUCCAUGGACUGGCUGCCGCAGUUGACCAUGCGGGCGGCCAUUCAGAAAGCGGAUGCCCAAAAUGCUCACGGACCGGGCAUGCCCAAGAAAAGCGCCCUGCUGGAUCCCAACACCACACUGGACCAGGAAGAGGUGCAGCAGCACAAGGAUGGCAAACCGCCAUACAGCUACGCCAGCCUCAUCACGUUCGCCAUCAACAGCUCGCCAAAGAAGAAAAUGACACUGAGCGAGAUCUACCAGUGGAUCUGUGACAAUUUCCCCUAUUACAGGGAAGCCGGCAGUGGGUGGAAGAACUCCAUUAGCCACAACCUCUCACUCCACUUGUGCACAAUGGCCGUUCCAAAUUCAGGUGAAGAUCAUGGUUCAGGUUCGUACUGGGCAAUUGACACAAAUCCAAAGGAGGACACACUGCCCACACGACCCAAGAAGAGGCCACGGUCUGGAGAGCGGGCGUCCACGCCGUACAGCCUGGAGUCGGAUAACUUGGGAAUGGACUGCAUCAUCUCUGGAAGUGCCUCUCCAACGCUGGCAAUCAACACUGUGACUAACAAGGUGGCAUUGUACAACCCUGACCAGGACGGGAGCGACAGCCCUCGAAGCAGCCUUAACAAUAGCCUCUCCGACCAGAGUCUGGCCUCUGUUAAUCUCAACAGCGUGGGCAGCGUUCACAGCUACACACCGGUGACGAGUCAUCCCGAGUCGGUCUCCCAAUCCAUGAGUUUGCAGCAGGCCCCCCAGGCCCAGUACAGCAUACCGGACCGUGACAAGCAGCUGCUCUUCUCCGAAUUCGAAGAUCUCAGUGCCUCCUUCCGCAGCCUUUACAAGACUGUGUUUGAGCAGUCCUACAACCAACAGAGUCUGAUGGGUUUGCCCUCGGAGUCGUCCCAGCAGACCCACACCUCCUGCUCCUACCAACACUCCCCCAGCAGCACCAUAAGCAGCCACCCUCACAACAACCAGAACAGCAUCACUAACUCGCACCCCAACAACAUCCCCAACAAUGGCAGCCAGGUGCCCCUCUCUCACCCGCCCCACUCGGCCCACAACUCUCCCCACGGACAGCACCUUUCCCAGCAUGGCCCUCACAGCCAGCACCCGCACACGGCGCACAGCCAGCACCCGCAGCACAGCCAACAUCCCCAGCACAGCCAACACAGCCAGCACGGGCACCCGGCCCACGGGCAGCACACGGCACAGCAACAGCAGCAGCAGCACCAGAAUCUCUCUCACCAGCAACAGAUGCAGUGCAAUACCGGUCUUCUCAGUGACUGGUACCCCAACCUGGAUGCACUGAAAGAAAGCUGCCGCAUCGCAUCUAACUGCAACUGGUCUGAUGUGGAUUUGUCACCCUUCCAAGGUUUGAAAGAGAGUAUGCGACAGGCGGAGAUGAAUAACUGGUCUUUAGAGCCCACUCAGAUGGCAGACCUCUGCUCCUCCAUCAAUCAGUUCUUUGCCCAGACUGGAAUCCAGCCACAAGGGGCAGUGCAGGCAUCGGUGUGCCAUGGCUCCAUGCAUCCCAACAAGGCCAGCCCACACAUCAACAGAGGAAACGUGUACAUGGACUCGAGACCGAGCUUGAGUUCGUUGAUGGGUCCUCCAGGAUACACUCAUAUGCCACCUAUGAGCAGCGCUGGACCCACUAUGACAGGCCAUCAUCCUCAGAUGAGCCAGCAGCACAUGAUGACCGGCGGAAACUUCCAGAUGCGCCGCAUGCCUGCUGACGACAUCCAGGACGACUUCGACUGGGACUCUAUUGUCUAACCCAGUCGCCGAACGCAAAGUGUGCUGCAGACUUAAACGAGAGAGGAGCGAAUGGAGGCAGAGUGUUUGUGUUACAGAGCAAAGAGGGCUGGACCUGAGGUGUCUGCACGCCCCUGGCAGAAAGCAGAUCAGAACGGGACACUUGAAAAAAUAAGUGCAGGUGUUGUUCAAUAUGACCUGAAAGAGACUCCUGUGUUCCUGGUGUUUUUAUCAAACAAAAGAAAACAAAACAAAAAAAAGAUAUUACUUUGAAGACAAUCACAUUUACUAGGACAUGUUUAAGUGAUCGCUUUUAUACUUGUCCAAGAGGCAAGUGGUUCAUGUUUAUGUCAAAAUGUCUCCCAACCCACAGCCUCUCUGCAAGCCCGCUCAAUUUGCCAAGCUCACCCCUGCUCUUCAACUGUUGUUCUGUGAUUUAUUUCCCGAGUGACACGUCUGGUUGUUCUCCCCUCUCGUGGUGACUAACUCAGGCCAGACGCGAUUGGCUCCCUCGUGUAUUGUGAAACUUCCUCCGAGAUGCAGGGCACUUUUCAGAAGAGGGCCGACGAUGCAGGUAAAGCGUCACUCCUGAAGCACCUCCAGUUCUCUCUGGUCAUUCAGGCACAAAUAUCCUCUUUUUAUUUUUGUUUUAAUGCUCCUCCGACGACCCUACACACUGUAAUAAGUCGCCAUGCAUUCGAUUCUAGCAAAAUCUAAAGGAAAUUUAGCAAAACCACAUUACCUACAGUAUUUGUACUUGUGUAUCUUUGCCGUCUAAUGUGUGUCAUGUUCUUUUGUCACUAAUAGUCUGAACGUGUGCGUCAGAAAACGAGACCUCACUAUUGUCGAUUUUCCUCAUCGCUCGUACAAUCCUCGUCCACCUGUAGUUCCCCCAAUCAGACCGCGUCGCUUUUAAAGCCCUCAGGACCCGCCGCUGAAAAUUUCACACGUUGUUUACGAGAUUUGUGGGAUACCGGAGAGGCCUGCGAAAAUCAGCCUGCUGUGUGGCUCUUUACAGCAGCGUUGAGGAGGAGAUGAAAAUCACGUCAAGGCACAUUUGCUUAAUGGUCCGCAAUAAAAGAGCCCUCUUUAUUUUAACCCAAGGACCAACCGACAUGAAUUCCCUCGCUCUUUGCUGCACUGACAAGGACUUUUUUUGCAGAGAGCGCACCUUCGCUGUUGAUCUGUGUAGCGUGAUACUGCAGGAAAGGAGCAGGCUCAAAUAUUUCGAUACACUAAUAGCCUUAUUUUGGAGGAAUGUUCAUUAAAAUUCUACUACAAAGACGUCGUGCGAGUUUAAAAUCAAAAAACUCGAGGCUUUUGCAGACUUUUGAAAUGCUCUCCUAACUUAAACCACAGUGUCAUUUUAUUAUAUCAGUGAUAUUAUGGAAUGUUUGUGCAAUAUUGUUUUAUUUCUUUUAUUUAGGGCUAUUAGUGAUUACAAUCAUCUCUUUUGAAGAGCACAAAACUAAUGCACAAGAUCUGGACUAGAAUAGCAGAACCCAAAUUAGAAAUAGAGGCAGGCUUUUGACCUUUAGCAGGGUAUUUAUCUGAGAGGAGCAGCACGUCGAUUGGAGUGCAGCGCUGAUUUGGAAAAGCCAUAAAGUGCAGUUGAAAAGGGAAAAAGUGAAUUUGUUUCUCAUCGCUUGAACGUUUACGCACCCUUUCAGUAGUUUGAAGUCAUCUUUAUUUGUUGAUCGUGUUUAAGUGCAAAUAGACUUGGAAAGUGAUUUGAUGACAAUCGUUUUUGUGUUUCAGUAUUACGAACUCUUCAAGUAUUUACACUAGUCAUUGACAUGUUUUGGUUUUUGAUUGUUCCGUAAUGGAUCAUGAACCCUACCUUCAACGGUUGAACCCUACCGUUCAUGGAUCAUGAACCUUACCUUCCUCACAAAUGUUUUAUAAUCAUGAAAACUUGUCAUGUUUCAAGCUCAAAAUUAAAAGAAAGUAAUUAUUGUUUGGCUAUUUUUAUGACCGUUAAGAUUGGGAGUUGAAAUUUAUAUUUUAAUUAGACAGGGGUGACACGAUGGCUCAGUGGUUAGCACUGUCACCUCACAGCAAGAUGGUUGCUUUUUCGAGUCCCAGCUGGGUCAGUUGGCAUUUCUGUGUGGAGUUUGCAUGUUCUCCCUAUGUUGGCGUGGGUUUCCUCCGGGUGCUCUGGUUUCCCUGACAGUCCAAAGACAUGCGCUAUAAGUGAAUUGAAUAAACUAAAUUGGCUGUAGUGUAUGUGUGUGAAUGAGAGUGUAUGGAUGUUUCCCAGUACUGGGUUGCAGCUGGAAGGACAUUCCCUGUGUAAAACAUAUGCUGGAUAAGUUGGUGGUUCAUUCCGCUGUGGCGACCCCUGAUUAACAAAGGGACUAAGCUGAAGGAAAAUGAAUGAAUUUUAAUGACACUAUUAUUAUUGUCAAAGAACACAUACACUCACAUACGUACAUUGUAAUGUGUUCAGAUAUUUAACUAAUUACUUUUUUCUGAGUUUAAUUUUUAUUUUUGUUGAAAUUAUUCUCAUUGUUAAUUUAUUGUAACCGUUUUCAGGCAGCACUAAAUUUAAAAUGUAGUUGUUUUACCAGUAUUAAGAAGCUAAUACAUUUGACAGUUUUUAUUAUAUAAUAAAUGAAAUUGAAUAUGCUGUAUGAGUCAAUGAUAAGAACAUUUUCAAAUCAAACUACAUAAAAUAAUAAUAAUUAAAUGUUGUAAUAGCUUAUAUACCAAAAAUGUUAUAAUUAGAAUGGCAAUCAUUUAAGGACAUUAAAAGACUUCUUUUUAAAGGAUCAGAAGUCCAGCCCCAAAAUACUUUUUUAAAUCAUAUUUAGAUAAACUUUCAAACAACAUUUUUUAUGCAUUUGUCAGCAACCAUGUAAACAGCGAUUAUUAUUAUUAUUAUUAUUAUUAUUUUUAUUAUUAUUAUUAUUUUAUUUAAUCCGAUUAAGAUCAUAAUCGAACUAAACAGAAAUCGGAUUAAGACGUGGAGUAUGCCGAUUUUAGUCGCAUUAUUAAAGUGCAGUACAGACAUAUAAACACCACAAUCAAACUAUUACUGUCGUGUAGGAUUUUCAACGCAUUUUGCGACAGGAUAUUCUGUACACACACGACUGUUUGACACUAUUCAGUGGGAUCACAGACACACACACUUUUUUCCCCUUAUUUUGAUAUUUUAUUUUUACAAAUGAUAUUUGAAAAAUGAAAGUGAACAAUUUACUUGCAUUAAAUAUAUUUCUUCUAUGAAUAUGACAACACUUUUGCAUCGAAAUAGAAUGGGUUGCCUUAACAGAUUAAGAACAAAACUUUAAUGGUCUUGUAAAUUGGUUUCUUGGGAAAAAAAAAUCUAUUUUUUUAUUUUGGGGUGAAAUAUGACAAGUUUUGAGGGAUUCUUCCUCUAUGUAAGGUUAAGAAACCCAGUUGUUCAUGACAUUUCAUCCUGAUUCUUCUCUGAAUCCUGUCCACCAUCAGUUACGCAGUUUUUCACAAUGUAAUCCAUCAUUACAUAACAAUCGUCAGAUCCUCUGAUGCUGCUGAUGGGCUUUAAAUUGGCAAAACCAUAUUACACAAGCCUAACACAACCCAGGAAUCCAACUCAAUUGGCCAUGAUGCUGAAUUAUACAAGAGAGGAGAACCCAAGACCGUCUGUGUGUGUGUUUUUUGUUUUGUUUCUCAGCACAUUGUUCUUAAGCUAAGCUCCAUUGCCCAAAUCUGCUUUGGCUCCCUGCAUCCUUUCUUCCUUUCCAUCCGUUGUUUCGUCUGGUGUUUUUUCUUUUCUUUGGAAGCUGUUGAAGUGUUCGCCUUGCCUCAGUGUUUGUCUAACAAAGAGCUUUUUUAUCUGGUCAUCAUGUGUGCACUUUCGAGAAGAAUUCAGAAGCACAAGCACUCGCGUUGUUCAUGAACGUCUGCCAUCGAACUUUACCUUAAGCAUACUGUGGUGUUCGCCCUCGAUCACGGUUUAGUCUGGAUGUCGACCACAGAAGGAGCGUCCGUUUUGAGUUGGAGCUAUUUCGUAUGUAUUGCCAAUCUAUUCGUGGUAGUGAUGUGUUUGGAUCUCUUGUUUGCCAAAGAGAGACGGUUUCAUUUGGGGCAGCGGGUAAAUUGUCAAGUAAGUCUGAAAGGAUCGGACCGAACCGAAAGCUUCAAAGGGGAGAAAAUAUGAGCUGGACAGGUGAUGAGUUCUCUCUCUCGAUCUCUCUUUUUCCUCAAAAAAGACAAGGAAAAACAUUGCUCCUUUUGAUUUUUUGUGUUUGUGUUGUGUGAACUGUUUAAAGACAACGCCGUUUUUCGUAAAACAAAAGAAAAAAGGAAUAAAAAAAAGAAGUAAAAACAAAUGGAGACGCAUCUGCCAGAGAGAUUACUGUAAUCAAGGAAGAUUUGAGAAGCCUUGUUACAUUUAUGGGAGAAAACUGCCAACACGUUCUGGUAUUUGGAGCCUAUUUUAUUCAUUGUUGGUGUGUUGUUGUGCUUCUUGUAAAUAUGUGUCUUUUCGAUUGUCCUUUUUUCCUCCGGGGUGGCGAGGGAUCAAGGCAAGGGCUCGGGUUCACCUGCGAAAGAAAAGAGGGAGAUGAAUACAGAGUAUUUUGUUAUUGUCCAAUCCAAGGGUGACACAGUAUGUAUAUAUCUAUAUUGUAUAUAUGUGAUGAAAAUGCGUUGGCUUUUUGUGUGACACUACCUUUUACCUGUACUAUGGUUCAACAUUCAGUGUUUCAGUGUUUAUAUUCUAUUUUAAUCUUUGUUUUGAUUUUGUCCUGGUCAUACUUGUAUUUGUUGUUUCCUUUGUUUUCUCCUUUUUGUCCUUUUUCGUUAUUGCACGGUUUAUUACUUUUGCUGUCCAAUAAGAUGACACGGCUUCUCUUUGUAUUGGUUUUAGUGCUGUAAAAUAACUCUGAAGUGUCAUUAGGAUUGUCAAUACCACCCUUCCCCCGAUAUGCAUGAAUGGCACUUAAAGAAAUAAAAUAUGUUAACUUCACUGUGGAA